UUUAAUAGUAAUAAAACUUAUGCCUUAUGGCUCCAGAGAUCUAAUUAUCUAAUUAAGCUAAAUUCGAAUAAAUACAUCGCGUCAAUGCAGUUGAGACUCGAUAGACGAUCAUAUUAUAAAUUGUAAUUAUAAUACAUAUCAACUAUCAACACUGUCCAACAAUAAUUAACUAUAAAAAGUAAUAUUUUACAUACUAUUUUUGCUAUAUUUUUUUUUAGUAAUUAUGGGUAUUGUUUCGAGAGGAGUAGCUAAAAUAUAGCCGAAGAGGUAUAUUUUCCCAUUCUCUGAACAAAUAAUUAAAUAAAGUUGAGUAGGUAUAUUAUUGAUAUAGUGGUGCGAUGUCAUGGUAUACUUUUAAUCGAUUUUACUUUUUAAUUAUUGACAUAAAAAAAAUUACUUGCAAUGACUUACAUAUAGGAGGUUAACUACAUUAUUUUUUUAUGAUUGUUAUAACAAUGUUAUUCAAACCUGUGUAAUUUCUAAAUGUAUUACUCAUAUAUGUACUCAUUAAAAAAUUAAAACAUUUAUUAGAGGAAACAAACAAUUACGUAAUAUUGAAAAUGCAUAAUUAUUUACCUUUUGUAUGCUUAAGUGCAUAUUAUAAUAUUAUUUUUCAAAGAUUUAACUGAUUGUGGUACUGCAUGAAAACAGUCGUUUACUUACUCGUAUAUGAAACAGGAUGUGAUGUGAUGUUGUAAUUGGUAAUGUAGUUAUGCUUUAGACGUAAUGAAUAAUUAUUGCGAUAUAACUUACAAAAAGAAUUUGGUGAUUACUGAGAUUUUGGAAACCGAAGAAUCAUACGUAAAUCAUUUGAAAGAAAUAGUAGUGGAGUAUUUGGAGUAUUGGAAACAUAAACAAAUAUUGUCAAAAGAACAUUGCAAUCAAUUAUUUGGAAAUAUCAAGGAAAUUUAUGAAUUUUCGAGAAUAUUUUUAAACGAAUUAGGAUUGGCAAAUAAUAACGUACCACAAAUUGCUCACUGUUUUUUAAAUAACCAUCUUAGAUUUAUUAUUUACUCCACAUACUGCAUCAAUUUUCAAAAUUCUGAUGCCAUAAUAUCAGAAAUAACUCAAAGUCAACUGCCAACCAACAUCAUACAUCAAAGGCAAAAUGAAUUAGGACAUCGUCUUCCACUUGGAUCUUAUUUGGUUUUGCCAGUACAGCGUAUUUUAAGAUACCAUUUAUUACUUAAGAAAUUGGCUGCAUAUACUUCAUGUAACGAAACUGAUCACUCUUUAGUCGUAAAAGCUUAUGAUAAAAUGGCUCUUUUAGCUAAAAUUAUUAAUGAAACGAAAAAUAAAUAUGAAAAAGAAGUCCGUAUUAAGGAUAUACGAUUAAUGAUUCUACAUUUGAAGGAUAAAACAAAUGUCGAUCUAUCCAACAAUUGUUUUGAAUUACAUGCUGAAGGCGAUUUAAUGAUAGCGGGAACGAAGAAGAAACUUCAUGUGAUUAUAUUGAACAAUAUGUUGUUGAUUGUCAAAGAACAAAAAUGCGGACUGUUGGAAUACAAAGCUCAUAUAUUGAGUAAGAAUCUCACCAUUAUUGAACAUGUGAAAGGAUAUCCAUUGGGUUUUCGUGUAGUAUCCAAUGCUGGAUCUAAAUAUUCGUUUACAUUGCAAGCGAACUCAGCGGAGGAGAAGAAGUUUUGGGUUAAAAUGUUAAACGAUAUUAAAAAAGACACUUCAGGACUUUCAAGCAGUGGAUUCGCUGAAUUAAUGGCCAAAUAUUUUUACAGACCUAGAAGUAUUUAACUAAUUAGCUUUACACAGGUAUUACUGAAAACAGUUUUUAUUUAAUUAUCAAGAGUUAGAUACUUACUGCAUAGGUACUUGUCAUAUUAAGGCAUUUCAAAUGUAUGGGUAGAACUUAUGAUGCAAAUAUAAAUAAAUAUAAGCGAAAUUAAAUAAUUAUUUACGGAAGAGUUAAAUAUUAUUUAGAGCUUAAUGAAAUUUAUACUGUUUAAUAUUAUAACUUAUAAUUGUGUAUAUAAUCUGAUAAUCAGUAUAUGACUGUUACAAUACAAACAUAGCUAAAAGGUUAUUUUGUCAUACCUAUACACAUAUAUUUUGAAUAGCCUAUGUUAUAACUAUA